CACGUUUAUUCAGUAAAGCAACACCGCUGCUUUUGGUUCGCGUCUUAGGAACUCUUUUUGAGAUCUUAUAUUUGUAGUUAUAUAUACAUACAAAUAUUGUAUUAUUUUUCUGCAGGAGCUUUUGUAAAUAUCUAAAUCUAUAUUUGUACAAUGGAUGCGCGAUGCUGCUGGUCUCUGCGAUCCGCUGUUCUCGCUGCCUGUGUGAUCCUGUGCUCUGUGGACAUUUCUGCCGGUGAGAGACAGUAUGUCAAUGAAUGGGCAGUGGAGAUUCCCGGCGGUCUGGAAGCAGCCAGGGCGAUUGCCGAAGAAUUAGACUACGAAUUAGUCCGACAGAUUGGAGCACUUGAGAAUCAUUAUUUGUUUAAGCAUAAAAGUCAUCCAAAAAGGUCAAGAAGAAGUGCAGAUCACAUCUCCAAGAGGCUGUCAGAAGACGAAAGGGUGUCCUGGGCGGAGCAGCAGUACGGGAAGCAGAGGAGGAAGCGUGUGGCUCUGGGGGCGUGUGCGGACUGCUCGGUGGAGAAGCUGUUCGAUGACCCCAUGUGGAAUCAGCAGUGGUACCUGCAAGAUACCAGGACCUCCCCCUCCCUCCCCAAGCUGGACCUGCACGUCAUUCCCGUGUGGAAGAAGGGGAUCACGGGGAAGGGCGUGGUCAUCACCGUGCUGGACGACGGGCUGGAGUGGAACCACACCGACAUCUACCCCAACUACGAUCCAGAAGCCAGUUAUGACUUCAAUGACAACGAUCCAGACCCUUUCCCUCGAUAUGACUCUACCAAUGAAAAUAAGCAUGGCACCAGGUGUGCGGGAGAGAUCGCCAUGCAGGCAGACAACGACAAGUGCGGCGUGGGGGUGGCCUACAGCUCGAAGGUGGGAGGGAUAAGGAUGCUGGAUGGGAUUGUGACCGAUGCUAUCGAGGCCAGUUCAAUUGGCUUCAACCCAGAGCACGUGGACAUCUACAGCGCCAGCUGGGGCCCCAACGACGAUGGGAAAACAGUGGAGGGUCCUGGACGCCUGGCUCAGAAGGCCUUCGAGUACGGCAUCCAGAAGGUAAGACCCCCACAGGGCAGCUCUGUGUGUCUGCAAAGGCCUCCAGCACAGCAGAUUACAGUGAAAGUCACAGGGAAUCGGUUCUCCAGAGCAGUCAUUCUCCAGGAGAGUCAGACUCCAGAACAAACUGGAGAAACUGGGGCAGAGUGGUGGCUCUGUGGCUCAGGAUCUGCGCCUGUGGCUGGAAGGUUGCCGGUUUGUGUAUGGUGGUUUGGUUCAGUCGGGAUCAGUUUUCACCAGAGCUCGUCCGGGGGCUCCAAGACACUCGGGGCUCCAGAGCUCAUCUGGGGGCUCCACCCCGACCUGACCUGGCGUGACCUGCAGCACCUGGUAGUGUGGACCUCGGAGUACGACCCCCUGGCCAACAACCCGGGCUGGAAAAAGAACGGUGCCGGGCUGAUGGUCAACAGCCGGUUCGGCUUCGGCCUCCUGAACGCCAAGGCCCUGGUGGACCUGGCUGACCCGCAGGUGUGGACGCACGUGCCGGAGAAGAAGCAGUGCAUCGUCAAGGACGAGACGUUCGAACCCAGGGUUUUAAAGGCUGCUGGUGAGAUCGCCAUUGAAAUCCCCACUAAAGCCUGUGCCGGGCAGGAGAACUUCAUUAAGUCCCUGGAGCAUGUGCAGAUGGAGGCCAGCAUUGACUACACCAGGAGGGGAGACCUGCACAUCACUCUCACCUCACCCUCAGGCACCAGCACGGUCCUGCUGGCCGAGAGGGAGCGCGACACCUCCUCCAGGGGCUUCAGGAACUGGGACUUCAUGUCCGUGCACACCUGGGGGGAGGACCCUGCCGGCACCUGGACGCUGAAGAUCGCGGACAUGUCUGGCCGGAUGGAGAACGAGGGCAGGAUUGUGAGCUGGAAGCUGAUUCUGCACGGAACGGUGGUGAAGCCCGAGCACAUGCGGAAAGAGAGGGUGUACACAGCCUACAACGCCGUGCAGAACGACAGGCGGGGCGCGGAGAGGAUGGACGAGGAGCUGGAGGACAGCCCUGCCGAGCCCCAGGAGCCCUCGAGUGCGAAGUCUGUGGAGGCGCCGCGUCCGGAAGGGAAGAUGGAGGAGAGGGCCCCCUCCGAGGCCCUGACGCGCCUCCUGCAGAGCACCCUGGGCAGGCAGAGCGCCGCCGGCGCGUCCCAGCUCCACGCCCCCCGCCAGAGCCUGUACCGGGCCCUGGGCAAGCUGGGCCAGUACUCCCAGCCCAGCGCCUACAGCGCCACGCCGUACAGGCACCGGGACGGCAGACUGCUGCAGGCCUUCGUCGACAUGCUCACCGAGGAGCGCCAGUAGCGCCCGGCCGUCACAGCCCCACCGACCCGUCCAAACAGAGCCAACUCCGCAAUCGACCGCCGAUUCCGUCCUCCCAGCCCUGCCUGGCGCGGGCUGGGAGAGCAGGAUCCCCUGUCCCUGGUGUGUGCGCCCGCUGGAAACUCCCACCCGCCGGCGCGCCUGCCGCCCGGAGCCCCCCUCGCUUGCUGCCCUUCACCUGGUCGGACGGACCCUGGUCCUGCAGCGAAGCAUCACUUAUGGGCUGUACAGCGGGCUCUGUAAAUUGUCUGUAUCCAUUUUCUUUAGUUGAUUUUUUUUUAAAUCGUAGCAAAACCAAGUUGAUCUGCAAUGUACAACAGGAUAGUAUACCCUGGUCGCUUAGGUGGGGAAAGCAUGAACAGAAAUCUGAUUUCAGGAAGUGAGGAUUUGGUUGAAAGAGUGCAUCUGCUGUUUUCAGUUUAGUUCACGUGUGAUACCAAGUUAUAUCAAGUAGGGGUGAUGGGUGAUUCUCUGCUGUUGCUCCUGCUAAUAUCUUGAGACACUGCACACAGUACUGCAGCUCUUCAGGCUGCCUGCUCCAUCUGCAGUGCUUUCUUUCAUCCCACUCCACAGUGACGUGAAUAUUGAGCGGGUUCAGCAGGUCACAGGGGCAGCUCUGUCUGCCUGCGCUUCUCUCCCUGUGCAGCAGGGGGUGCCGUGUGUGUUUCAGAGCAGGAUCAGGCUCCUGGCCCAGCAGGAGCUCGUUAGCUUCCCUGUGAGACACGUGACAGCAGCAGCCUGCCUCCGCACCCCCUUGGAGAGCACCCGUUUCCUUCCACCUCCCUGAAACAACCUCCUUCUGAACCCCACGCCGGCUCUGGGCUCCCUCUCUAUCCCUGAUCCUUGGGCUUUGUCCACGUGAGGUGGAAUUUGAUUUUUCAGAAAAUAAAAUAAUGCAUUAUGUUCCUGGUACCCAAUUUUCUUUUUUUUAAACUUUUUCUAGGAGGCUUCAUUGGAUUGAAAGAGCUCUAUAAAUUAAAAGAGUGCCUCACACUUUUAAUCACAUUCCAAUCGUAUUAAUCAUGCUUUCUAGUGCACGGUAUCCGCCAAGCUGAUCUAGGGAAACAAAAUAGUAUCACAUCACAUUGAAAAACAUCUCUCCUGUAGUUCUGCCCUUUUCAUGGGUCAUUUCUGGGUAAAGGCCUGUUUCUCCUUGGAUUCCGGAGGAUUGGAACCAGGACACAAGAAACGUCACAAACACAGGAGCCAUUCAGCCCAUCUAACCUGUAACCUAAUUAGUAGUUAAUUGAUCUUGGCGUCUCCGGCCUUUUCUUGAGAGAAACGAAGGUAUCCGCUUCAACAACAUGGCCGGGCAGCUUGUUGCACACUCCCGCCACCCUUUGUGCAACGAAGGGCCUCCUUUUCUCCUGUUCUGUGUUCAUUUUUCCAUGGCUCAUGAGGAAUAACAAUACCCACCAGGAAAGAAAGCAUCUGGGACUGUGUGUAGAGGAGCUAGACAUGGAGGGUUUCAGCUUCACUCCCCUGUGCGAGGGCAGCCCCCAGCGGAGAGGGGGUGACCCAGGGGGGGAGCAGGGAGGGGUGCAGGCAGGUGAAGGCGAAGAAGGAGAAUGGUUUUCACAGCUGUUUGGGACGACUGGGGGUAAGAGCAGCAGAAGGAAGACAUCCCAUAAAGCUCAAAGGCUGGAGUCUCGUCGAUGACCUGCAGUGUAUUCUGACAUCGCUCAGCCAGCCACUUGCCCAUAAGGCAGUUUUCAUGGAUUCUGUGAAGAUCAAAGGUCAAAGGUUAAAGAAUGUGAUGCAACAGAAAUGAAGCCAAUCAAUAGAGACCGUUUCAUAAAAAAAACGGAUUGUCAAUUUUCCAGUGACAUCUGAUAAUUGAGUGUCAUUGGAGUGCAAACACACUCCCCAGCCCCGAGCUGGCCAGUCUGCAACCACAAUGGUGUUUUUCCAGUCCGGAGUGUCUAUUACAUGUACAGAUUUCUAUUUUAAUCUGACUGGUUGGUAUUUCACUGAUUGCUUGAAGAAGGCUCGAAGGACAGGGGUCGUUACAACACUGGGAAUCGAAUUGCUGCAUCAUUUGUUUGAGGGAAUCUGAAAUGAGGGAAAAUGAUCACACGUUUAGGAAUUUAUACCUCAGCCUAAGGCUGUAUCCUGGUUCUGGAGGGCCAGUGAGUCUGCAAGUUUGCACACAAAUUCAGCUCUUAAUGAGCUCAAUCAGCUAAUUACUGGCUUAAUGGGACCAAUUGAACAGUUCCUUACAAGCCCUCCAGGUGUGGCUGCAUUGCAGAAACCAGGAAACCCUGCAGAAAUGCUGGAGCUCCAGGACCAGGACUGGACACCGUCCAAUCACAGGUUCCAUUUCUGGAUCUCAGAUGUUUUUGUCUCAGCAGGAGCUGGCUUGGAAAGUUAGCUUCUGAGACACUUUUGCAUAGAGGCUGAAAGUAAAUGUCUCACCCCCUUAUAAGCCUUUGAGAAAACAUGAACAGCAUCAGAAGCUCAAGAGGAAGUGGCCCUAAUGAAUAUUAAUUGUGUCUUUCAAAAAUAAUUUCUUCUUGUUAUAGUUUUUAGUAGUGAAAUACAUUCUCUCCUGGGUAAAUAUUCACUACUUAAAUAUUUUCUUUAAACAAUCAAGUUAACAUAAUACAUUGAGUUCUGUAUGCAAUAAUUUUUUUAUUGUAGUACUGACAAGUUAUCAGCAUUUCCUGUGACCCCAUAUGAGGAAAGGGCAAGGAAUACAAAUGGCACACACUGAAUGGAACUGUGAUCGUAUGCGUGUAUGAUGUGGUGGCCUCGUGCAUGUGCUGUCAGGAUAUAAAUAUAAAGCCCCUGUCAGAGCAGCUGACUGAGCCAGAGCUCAUCCUGGUUUCUGUAGUGUUCAGCAGGCUACUGUAGACAGCCUGUGACUCCCCUGGGGGACACCAGGCCAUCACAGGCAUGAGCCCCCAGCAAUGCCGACCCCCUCUCACAGCUGGGUGGGCCGGAGCCACCUCAGUCAAGCUUCAGCAUCAGCAACACUGUCUGUUGCCUGUCGCAGGUCCGAGGGCUCGCAUGCUGCACUGCGCGGUGCCACCCUCCUGUGCCGGGAGGAGCUCAUGACACCCGUCCUGUCAGCAGUGAGGGGGGCUUUCUUGGUGCUCAGGGUCCCAUGAGUCUGUAGAAAUGCUCCAGGCUGAAGCCCCUCCAGCACACUGACACACCGGGGCGGCUGUGAAGCUCUGCCUGAGGACAGGCUGGUCGGAGCGGAGGAGUCAAGGUGGCAGAGAGUCCGCUGUGAGUCCUGCAUCUUAAUCAGGUGUUAAUUGACAGUUACCUGUGAAGCCUGCAGGACCAGGGCUGCCUGUCCCUGUUUCAGUACAGCACGACCCUUGACGUCAUUCCCCUGAAGGGUUUUAAGAUUGAAGUGCUCUCAGCAUCGAAGAGCCCUUGUAGGUGUGCGCAGAUGUUGUGGGGGUGUAUCAGCUAGUGACACAGUGAGCUGCCCAAGUGGUGUGGCUUGAGAAAUCCCCUCUUUCUUCACGGCUGUGUGCAUGAGGUCAUUGAAAGAGCCUUAAAAUGUGGCGUCUUCUCCAUCGCCAAUGCAGGCAGAGAGAGCAGAGAGCAGAAAGAGCGUUGCGGACAGAAGCGACAGAGAAGGCGGGUCAGAUACAGCUCAGGGAGAUCCACAAUACAGGGACAGCUCUCCCAGUUAGCAUUCAGAGCCCUGCUGCUCGUUAAACCCUCCUGGUCCUAGCUGAUGGAGGAUUGCUCCUUCCCAGGAAAAGCCCAGAUGCUGUUAGUGUUCUGAGUGCAAGAGCACGAUCCCCUCACCUGAGCCCAGCCCACAUGCUGAACAGGGGAACUGCCACUGGACGAGCUUUCUGUAUCUUCUGUGUCUUCUACAGAAAGGAAAUUCAUCUCGGGUUUCCCCCUCACAGACGGGGAGAAUAAAACCCACCCGUCUCAAAGAAAGGAUUUUUAUCUCCAUUUUUGGCUCUUGUUUAAUGCUUUGUAAUCAAAGCAAAUGAAAAUUUAAAAAUGAUUUUGAUGUGAUCAGAUACGAGUCUGCGUUCAACAAACAAAUGGAGAACUGUGCAGCUCUUUUCAUUUUCAGCUUAGAUACAUUGCAAUAUUAUUUGCAUCUAAGUGAAUCUUAUUAAAGUCCCUCUACUCAAUUAGAUAUAUCAGGCUUAUAGAGGGUGCAGGAGAAAUGACAUGAGCUCUGCAUCUGUUACACGUUAUUCCUUUUCUGCCCAACAUAAUGCAGCAGGGACCCCAAUGAACAUUUCAGCAAAGGAGACUGAGCUUUGGCUGGAGCUGUUUGUGUUGUUUAAACAAAGAACCCUAAAACAUUAAUUUUUCAAGUUUUCAGCAAGAAUUUGCAAUUAAGGUGACAGUCACAACCGUUCAAAGUAUUAUUUUUAUAUGAAAAUCCCAGAUAGGAAAUAUUCUGGAAAGUAAAACUGAGAUUUAAAGGUGGCCCAUGUUAAUAAUGUUAAUCAUAUUAAUAUCAAUAAUGUCCGUAUUGUUUUAAGAGGUUCCUGUGAACACGUUUUUUAGGGGAAUCUGGAUUUUUUGUAAAUUUAGGGUUACAAAAGGCAAUGUACAAAAUGAAUCUGUAGCUACUGUUGAAAAAAAACAAUAAUCUAAAGUGAAAAGAGCAUUUUCAGAUUUAUGCUCUGUUGCACCUCUUCUAAUUUUCCUCUAAAGUCUGUGCACAAUGAUGUGUUGCUUGUGUAGCAGAGUCUAAUUUACACAGAAGAUGAAGAUUCUUCAUCUGAAGAUGCUGCUUAUUCUGACUCCUUUGCUCCAUAUCAGUGCUGUACAAGCUGCAGGUCACAAUGACACCAGGGUGAUACUCCACUGCCCUGACUUCAAUAAGACGUCCCGCAAUAUUAUCAGUAGCAACAGCAGAAGUAGCAGAAUGGAGGAAACAAGGAAUAGACCUUGAACUCGAGUGUCAUUUCUGGAAGUGAUGCUUUUAGAUGUUCUCAUGUGAUAACGUGUCUGUUCAGGUCUUUGGCGGGUUAGGGUUAGGGGUUACCCUAAGCCCGACCCUAUCUUCUCCCGCAGCUCGGUUUCCCUGCACUGCCCGGAUCCCCUCUGUAUUCUGUCUGUGAGACUGCCAGAGCCCCCGGAGACUCCCUGCUGCAGAGACCUGCGCUCACAUGGACAGAAGGAGGCAAUGUGCACAGGUCCAGACUAGGCGUGCAGCGGACAGUCUCUGCAGAUCAGGUCCCCGAGUCUCCUUUUUCCCCGGGUGCUCAACCCCUUCAGUUUCAGGGAACAGGCUCUUGCAGGUCUGACUUUCCAGCUGUGCGGUUCGGUGAACCGUAUUGAGGUCUACGUUGUUUGUCGUAGUGCCUCCUGUUUGGCAAAAGAGCGAAUGGCGCUUCAAAACGAGACGCAUAAACAAGUAUUGAAAGAUAUUUGCAAAUUCUAUUUUCUUUACUUCUUUGUAGCACAAACAAAACUCAUUUAAGACCCACGAGGAGCAUAAAACCAAGCUGAGGAACCCAGUGUAUUUUCGAAUACCUGAGCUAAAACAUUAUACUGAACUCUAAUAAAAUCUUGUGGCUUUUUUAAAAUAAGUACGCUCUGUUGUUUCAAAAUGGUUGUGAAUUUGCUGUUUUAAGAUGCAUUUGAUAUUGUCAAUAUGCUCAGUUCUAUCUGGUUAUUCUUCUGUCUAUAAAGUCUAAUACACUGUGUGA